AUGGCCUCAGUUUCUAAAAAGUGUGAGGACUCACAGUCUGUGCAAGCGGUAUCUCUGGUAGUUCCACCAUUUAUUGAAAAAGAUCCCGUUUUAUGGUUCAUGAUUUUAGAAGCUGAGUUUACUUCUAAGCAUGUCACUAGCGAUUCUGCAAAGUUUAACCACUUGCUCACACGCCUGCCGACUGAUAUUACUUUAGCACUACGUGAUCUUAUUAUUACAUCUUGUCCUCCUGACCGCUAUAAUUCUCUCAAGAACGCGGUAAUAAAGCGUGUUACUCCCUCAGAGAAGUCCCGCUUGCAUAAACUUUUUACUGGUCUACAGCUAGGUUCUAGUAAGCCAUCCGCGCUAUUGCUAGAGAUGCGUGGUCUUCUUCAAGGAUUGCAUAUGGACGAGUCGCUGCUUCGAGAGUUAUGGCUUCAGCGUUUGCCUGAAAACGUACAAGCUAUGCUAUCGCUUGCGAAAUCGCAGCCUUUGUCAGAAGUUGCAGAUAUUGCUGAUGAUAUGAUGGAUCGCUUCACCGGACCACCGUGUCCGUCGUCUAGUUCUCUUCGCUCACCUGACGUAGGUUUUACUGUUGACCCUUCGGUCCAAACCAUCGACACCACUACUCCACCUUCGACUGGUGAGCUCUUAACAGAGAUAGCCGCGCUACGGCAAGAAGUUCAAAGCUUAAAGUUACAUCGGCACCCACGGGAUUCUCCAUCCCGUUCUCCUAGCCCAUCUCGAAGCCGAACACGACUCCCAAUUUGCCGUUAUCACGCACGUUUUGGAAGUUCCGCUAGAAAUUGUAUAAAACCAUGCUCAUUUCCCGUAAGGAGAAAAAGGACAGGCCGACACGUAUUGGCGAUGAACGCCGUCGGCCGAAGUCGUCCAAGUCGCCUAUUCAAAAUCGUUGAUAGGAACACCGGGAUCAUGUUCCUGGUUGAUACCGGGGCGGAAGUUAGCGUGAUCCCACCGGUUCCAGGCGACGCGACUAAGCCACAGACAACCAACUUGCGUGCCGCUAACGGCACCGCUAUCCGAGUGUUCGGUCAACGCUCUCUUACCAUUGACCUCGGACUACGACGUCCCUUUCGAUGGAUUUUCACCAUCGCUGCCGUUCCAUUUGCUAUAUUGGGUAUCGACUUCCUCCAACACUUCGAUCUUCUCGUCGAUGCGCGUCAUCGCAAACUCGUUGACCAAAAGACCCAGCUUUUCACAUGUGGAGUUCGCACACCUUGUGUUUCUGUCACUCCCAUUUACAUUCAGCCUGAAGCUGAUAAGGAAUUUUUAGAUCUGUUCAGACAGUUUCCGCAGCUGGUCCACUCAGCUGACGCUACUCUUCCGGUCGCAUCUAGCGUUACGCACCAUAUACGAACCCGUGGCCCACCGGUUUCUGCACGGCCACGACGUCUCGCCCCUGAUAAGCUAAAAGCCGCUAAGGCGGAAUUCGAGCACAUGCUCGAACUUGGUAUCAUCC